AGAUCGCAUCGGAUCACAGUCCGAAGAGCAGCAACUUGAUAUUGAGCGGCCCCCGUUUACUCCGUCCAUGGUUGUGGCCCCAAUAGUCCGGUGAAAAUGGACAAAGGCCGACAGAGGUUGCCACAACUUUCGCCCAAUUAGCACAGGGGGAUAACUGGACGCAAGGACGCAACAAGAUUGGCGGAACGGCAACUGUAAAUAUUUGGAAGACACACACAAAGCUGCCACAAAGCAAGCAUUCGUCCACAACAAUACAAUAGCCAAAUCAAAGCAUUAGCAACAAAAGCGACCCCCAAAAAUAGAAGAAAAAAAAAACGUAGAUCGAGUCCAUUAAGAUACAGCACAAAGGACACAAGAAGAAGAAGGAGUAGAAGACAUAGUUGAAGACACAGAAAGAGAGAGAGAGAGAGAGAGUGAGAGAGAAGAGAACACCCGAAGAGUAUAGAGUCGUAGUUCCUAUAAAUGACCGAAUCCACACAGCUACAAACGGCGGAGAAUAAUAACGCGGGCGUGGUCAAAAUGGAGCCACCGCCACUGGCGACCUCCACCCACAGCUCGCUCACCCACUCCCUUGUCGCCACAGCAGCUGCCGUUGCCGGCGCCGGCGGUACGGCACUGUCGCCAGCAACACCUCCCUUGCCACAUCCAUUGGGGCAGCAUUCAUCGCAGCAACAUUAUGCGCUUAAGUGGAACGACUUUCAGACAUCCAUACUCAGCUCGUUCCGUCAUCUGCGGGAUGAAGAGGACUUUAUUGAUGUGACCCUUGCCUGCGACGAGCGUUCAUUCACCGCCCACAAGGUUGUGCUCAGCGCCUGCAGUCCCUACUUCCGCAAACUGCUCAAGGCCAAUCCCUGCGAGCAUCCCAUUGUCAUAUUGCGCGAUGUGCGCAGCGACGACGUCGAGAAUCUGCUGAGCUUUAUGUACAACGGCGAGGUGAAUGUGAGUCACGAGCAAUUGCCCGACUUCUUGAAGACCGCACACUUGCUGCAGAUACGUGGGCUGGCGGAUGUCAAUGGGGGUUAUCCCUAUGCCAAGGCGCUAUCUGCCGCCCUCAGUCAUAGCAACAGCAACAGCAUUAGCCACAGCAACAACAACAACAAUGCUGACAGCAGCAAUCACAACAAAAUUAGCAACUACUUGCCCACAGCGCUGAGCAAUGCCAACAACAACAACAGCUGCAACAGCAACAGCUCGAGUAGCAACAACAACAGCAACAACAACAGCAACCACAACAACAGCAGCAGCAACAACAACAACAACAUUAACUCACACAGCCAGAAUUCACCGUUCAACACGCCGCAGACGCCAACGUCGCUGCCAGCGUCGAGUGCAGCCGCCGCCGCUGCCGCCGCUGCAUCAUUGACAGCCGCUGUUGCUGCAGCAGCCGCUGCGACAGCGUCGAGUCUGCCCUUGGGGGGCAACAGCCAGGCACAAAGCCAAAGCGGAAACGGAAGUGGAGCAGGCUGCGUUACGCCCGCCAUUCAGGAGCUUAAGGCAUCCGCAGCGUCGCCCGCGAGCAGCAACCAUUGGGAUCUGAGCGAUAUGGAGGGCAGUCGCAAAAGUCAUUUGACACCGCCGCCCCAGAAACGCAUCAAGAGCGCCGAUUUGUUCCGUGCCCAACAUGGCAUCAGUCCGGAGCGUCUGUUAAUUGAUCGGGACUUUCCUGUUGCGGGGCAACAUCCGUUGACAAGGAAUCGCAGCCGUGACACAUCCAAGGAUCGCGAUCGCAGUCUGGAAUUGCGUGAAUCUCUGCUCGGUCAAGCUCUUGAAAACAGCAACGGACAGCAGGCCAAUCAGAAACAUGAUCUCGGCCAGAGUGCCGGCGAGGACUCGAACAGCAGCGAUACAGAGCCAUCGGAUCGUGGUGAUGGUCAACAUGAUGGCACACUCGAUGGCAUGGACAAUCAGCGUUCUCACUCCUUCCCCAAUGCGUUCCUGGGCCUCCAGGGUAUUCCCGGCCUUUUGCCAGGACCCUCUGGCUUAGGUGCCAAUGAUUUCGUUUCACGUCGUUCUUUGGAGAUGCGUGUACGUGCCACAGAUCCGCGACCAUGCCCCAAAUGUGGCAAAAUCUACCGCUCGGCGCAUACGCUGCGCACUCAUCUGGAGGACAAGCACACAGUUUGUCCUGGCUAUCGCUGCGUGUUGUGUGGAACUGUGGCCAAGUCCAGGAACUCGCUGCACUCGCAUAUGUCGCGUCAGCAUCGCGGCAUUUCCACAAAGGAUUUGCCCGUGCUGCCCAUGCCCAGCGCCUUUGAUCCGGAUCUCGCAUCCCGUCUGCUGGCCAAGGCCGGCGUGAAGAUAUCUCCGGCUGAGUUACGGGCACGUGCUUCACCCACCGGCGGCAGCGGAAGCAGUGGAGGAGCUGGCAAUGGGGGCAAUGGACAGAAGUUGGACCUCAGCAAUGCCAGCGGUGGACCCAUGGACGAUGUGGACGAUUCUGACGAUGAUCCCGAGGAUCUGACCACCGGCAAUGGACUCUAUGGCGUCGGCAGCAGCGCCAGCGACCUCAGCCGCUAUCACGAGAGCUUGCUGAGCAACUUUGGACACGCGAACACAACCAUUUCUCGGAUGCGGAACGAAGCUGCCGCAGCUGCAGCUGUUGCCGCCAUGGGACAGAAGGAUCUGGGCUCUGGCGGCGGCGGAGUUCAGUUGCCCAACAGCAGCAAUGCGGGUCAAUCCCUGCUGGACACGUAUCUGCAGUUCAUCACAGAGAAUACUUUCGGCAUGGGCAUGUCACAGGAGCAUGCAGCUGCCGCGGCGUUGCAUGCCGCCAAAAUGGCGCAAUUGAAUGCGAUGGGACACAGUCUGGACAAGUUGCCAGCGGGUCUGCUGCCAGCACAGUUUGAUCUGAGCAAGUUGACAGGAGGCGUAGGUGCAACAGCUGGUUAUGGCCAAGGUGGUGCUGGACUGACCAUUGAACCGAUACUGAGACGCGACCAACAACAACAACAACAACAAGCGAGCAGUCUCUCCCCAGAGCUUAGUUCUGUAGGUCACUUGCACCACAAUCUGGUCGGUGGUGCUGGUGUUGGUGAUCCCGAUGAGGUGGAUGUCGAUGCCGAUGCCAAUGCUGAGAUUAGACGCGAUGGCUCGGAACCAAUGGAUUUGGGAUUGGGCCUGGAUAAUAAUCAAUCCGGCAGCAACAAUGAGGUGGCCAAUUCGGAUGCCGAGGAGAAUUACUCGGAGGAUGAGGGUGUGCACAACACAUAAGCGAUAAGCGAAAGGCAAUAACCACAAAAUUUGGAGAGUAAAAGAUAGAAGAUAUUACGAUAUUACGAUAUUCAGAAGAGUCGUCAAACAAACAGUUGUAUACCCACAAAAAAUGGAACAUUUGUAACGAGUAGCCUUAUCCUCAUGUAUACCAGUUUAUGUGUACUAUACGAUACGAUAGUUACGCUAGUUACGAUAGUUAUCUAGAACUAGAAACAAAUCAUACAGAUCAUACUUAUUAUGUGCUGCGUGUGCAGAAAUUUUAGUAGAAUUUAUGUUGUGCUUUUAACAAAACAAAAACAAGAAACAAAUUUAAGUGAACAAAAAAUCUAUCUAUUUAAAAAAAUUUAAAAACAGAGAUGAUUACAUGCAUAAACAAUAUUUAACCUAUAUACUACCUAUAUACACAUGUACCUGUUGUGUGUAUACGAAGAGAAGAAGAUAAAGCACAGAACAAGACAAACUCGAAAAAGAAAAGAAAUGCAAGAAAAACUCAUACUCCAAAAUACCUAAAGCUAAACCUAAACAUAAAAGUACUAUAGACAUCUAGUUAUUUAAGUUUAGUGUUAAGAAUCUCGAAAUUGAGUAAACAACUCUGUAAAUAGUAUACAAAAUGUUGUAGGAGAUACGCACCCGGACAGAAUGAAUCCUUCCCAUUUGAAUACUCUUAAAUCCGUCUUAAGUUUUUAAUAAUUAUGUAAUUUUAUCAGAUGAAACAAUUCAGAUGUGCCAUGCCACAGAUAGAGCUUACAUAUGACUCUGGAGACAACACAAAUACGAGUACGCCUAUACAUAUAUACAUACGUGUAUGUAUAAUACAUACCUAUAUUUAUAGUGCUUAACCAUAUCUCAGGAAUACACGUGGAUGACAUUCCCGCUGCCUCAAUUAAACAGCCGGAAGAACCGAACUACCUCAGAAAUGAUUUGUGCAGCCCUUGUACUCAUUAUCCGUAAUACCUUUAUAUAUCUUCCAGUAAUCGUACUUACACACACAUUAUAGCAGACACAUCUGCUUAGUUUUAGGGUCUCCAUUGAAUGGGUGCGCAAUUUAAUCAAUUUUUAAAGAAUACUGCUAUCGCCAAGCAAUGUAAAUUUAAUUACUAUUAUUUAUACACAAUUAUGCGAUUAUGUACAACAAAAGUGAAAGAAACUACAAGCACAUACAAAACAUUUGCUUAGAUAUAAUUAAACGCGUAAUCGCUCGUAUUUGGAAAAUAUAUUGUAAUAGAAUCAAAUACCUCAUCAUACUCAGAUCACAUAAAUAAUCACUCACAGAUUCAUUUAAAAGGUUUCUCUCCACGUGUUCCAUAUAAUCGCAAUGUCAUUAUGCCCGUAUUUCCUAUAUUGUACAUUUAGUUUGAAUAUGCUCUGUUUAUUUUAGGUUUAUUGUUAGUUUCAAGAUCGAAGAUGAGCACAGACUCUACAAGAGUUGAACCCCACUUGCCUUAUUAUAACAUAUAUAUGUGUUACUUUAGUAAUUUUCUACCUCAAUUAAUUUAAACGUAAUUUACUUGCAUAUUAUUUAAGCGCGCAAUUUUAUAAAUGUAUAUCUUUUUUCAUAUAGUACUUGUAUCUUUUGAACAAAUCUUCAAUGAUAAUUCAUCACGAGUCACCUAACAUAGCAUAAAUUUAAUGAAUAUUGAUGAAGCAAAUGCAUAGAAAUAAAUUAUACUAUUGAAUAAAGCAAAUUAUAAGUAAAUACAAAUAUGUUUAAUUUGUCUCUCUCUACCCUAUUUUAUAUUGCGUCCGGCUACGUUUCUUUUGAAACCAUAUAUUACUUAUGCUAUUUUUAAUUAUAAGCUGGAAAUGCAUUAAUGGCAACACUCACACGAAGAGACACAAACAAACAUACACAGAGAAUUGAGUUAAGUCGCUAGAAUAAAAUGAGUUAGUUAAAUUAAAGUCGUUACAUAAGCAAUUUAAGUAGAGAUCCAUGUGCUUAGAACGUUAUUAAUAUAUUUAUUGAAAUUACAAUAAAGUCGCGUUAUGAAGAACAA